AUGGCGGCCGGGAGCCCCGGAGACCGCGGGGAGGCGCGGAGGAGCCCCGAAGGCCGCGUCUCCCGCCUGGGCCGCCGCCUGGGCCGCCGCCGGCGCCCGCGCUCCCCUCCGGAGCCGCUGCGGGUGCGGGCGCGGCUGCGGCUGCGCUCGCCGUCGGGGGCGUUCGCGGCGCUGGGCGCGCUCGUGGUGCUGGUGGGCAUGGGCGUCGCGGUGGCCGGCUACUGGCCGCACCGCGCCGGCGCCCCGGGGCCCCGAGCUGCCAAUGCUAGUGCGCCCCCCGCGAGCGAGCUGCGGCGCGAGGGCCGCGGGGCCGGCCGGGCGCACGGCCCCCACGAGCGCAUGCGGCUCCUCGGGCCGGUGGUCAUGGGCGUCGGCCUGUUCGUGUUCAUCUGCGCCAACACGCUGCUCUACGAGAACCGCGACCUGGAGACGAAGCGGCUCCGCCAGGACGCGCUGCGGGCCCAGGCGCUCCGGCCCCCCGACGGCCCCGGCUGGGACUGCGCCCUCCUUCCCAGCCCCGGGCCCAGGACCCCCGGAGCCAUAGGCUGUGUGGAACCGGAGAGCUGGGACUUGUCCCCGCGCCGGGGCACCUCACCUGUCCCCUCGGUGCGGAGUCUGCGCUCAGAACCUGCGAAUCCUCGCCUGGGGUUGCCUGCCCUGCUUCACAGCUACCCGCUGAAGGGCCCGGGGCUGCCCCGACCUUGGGGUCCGCGGACCCAGACCGGCCACGUGAUUAUCACCGUGCAGCCCUCGGGCUCCGGCAUCGAACACUCCAAGUCUCUGGAUCUGGGCCUCGGAGAGCUCCUGCUUGGGGCACCCGCGGCUCGAGACGGUGCGCACCGAAGCUGGCCCCGGCUGGACCGCCUCAGUCUGGAGGGGUACACCAAGCUGGGAGGCGGAGGGGGCUUUGGGGCUCCGGUUUGA